GCGAUCUGUGAAGGGGUUUGUGCUUGUGGGUCAUGGAGGAAAAAGGUAGUCAAAUAAAAGAGAAGCGCCAAUAAGACACAGCGGCUGGUUUCAGACGGUUACCGGGAGGUUUGAGACUGCGGUUACUUUUGCUGAGACACGAUUCUGAAAUCAGACGGAGGCGACAGACCGGAGAGGAGGGACUGACGGUUCGGCUACAGCAGCUGCUGUCGGCGUUCUCAGGUGGUCUGAUUGGGUUUGCCUCGUCCUUGUGUUGCCAUGGCGAUGCGGGAGUUGGUAGAGGCAGAAUGUGGGGGAGCCAAUCCCCUCAUGAAGUUGACCAGUCACAUGACCAAGGAAGGGGGGGCAUGGCGACACCGCUCAACACCUACAAUUCCACCGACUGCCAUAGAAAUUGCAACUGAAGAAGAGCUGGUAAAUGAGUUCCUUCAGGCACCCCCACGCCCCCCACACACAUUUGACAUGGGUCAGCUGUUGGAGGAGAUGCAGCAGAUUGACCAGCAGAGCUUCAGACAGGCUCCACAGAGAGCUCCAGAUGUGGCAGCGUUGGCCCUCUCUGGUGACUGGGCGGCCGAAUUCCUCUCAGGUCCUGACUCUGCCUCCGCACCGGGGCUUACUGCUCUUGGAGACGCAGCAGAUGCUGAUUGGACGAGAGAAUUUAUCGCUGAGGCUGCAGAUCCUGGACGCUGGGCAGAGGAGUAUCUGGAGCAGUCGGAGGAGAAGUUGUGGCUGGGAGACCUGGGAGACAAGGAGAAUGAAUGGACAAAAGAGUAUCAACCAGGGGAGGAGCUCAGGCAGACAGCCAAUGAGAUCGUCUCAAAGGUUGAUGACCCCAAGUUACAAAACACAGAGUUCCUGCGAUUCAUUAGGCAGAUUGGCGAGGGCAGUGUGACAGUGGAGAGCAGAACAGACAAACAGCUCACAGAUAAAGCUCAGGCCCAGGAGGCUCAGAACUGGGCCUCCAACCUCAACCAGUUCCUGACGGAGACGGGGGGCGGGAGUCUUCCUUUGGAACCCCCAGAGAGGAAUGAGAAGAUUGAGAAAGUUAAAGCUAAACAAGCAGAGCAGUGGGCCAAGGUCGUCAGGCAGGUGUCUGUGGACUCGGCUGAAGCCUGGGUGGAUGAGUUCGCCACAUCAGGACCGGAUUUCCAAGAGGCUAAAGCUGCAGUGGAGAGUGAUGUGGAUUUCUGGGAGAAGCUGCAGCAGGAGUGGGAGGAGAUGGCCAAGAGGGAUGCAGAGAGCCAUCCCUGGCUGUCUGACUUCGAUCAGCUACUCAGCACUUCUUAUGACAAGGGGUAUCAGUUUGAAGAAGACAACCCCUACUUAUCCCACCCGGACCCUUUGUCAGAGGGAGUGAAGAGGAUGGAGGCAGGGGACAUCCCGGGUGCCGUACGCUUCUUUGAAAGUGCUGUACAGAGAGAACCAGACAACCAGCUGGCAUGGCAAUAUCUGGGAACCUGUCAGGCAGAGAAUGAGCAAGAAUUUGCUGCCAUCAGCGCCCUCCGCAGAUGUAUAGAGCUGAAGAACGACAACCUGACUGCUCUGAUGGCGUUGGCUGUCAGUUUCACUAACGAAUCGCUGCACAGGCAGGCCUGUGAGACUCUUCGCGACUGGCUGAAGCACAAUCCAAAAUACCGUUCUGUGUGGGAGCAGAAUGAGCGCGAACGUCAAAAGGACGGUGCCAGAGAAAGAGACAAGGAGAGGGAGCGGUUCGGGUCACUGCUGCCAGAAUCUUUGUUCACUGAUGUCCAGUCCCUGUUCCUGCAUGCAGCCAACUCUGAUCCCGCCCAGGUGGACCCCCAGCUGCAGUGUGGUCUGGGAGUUCUCUUCAACCUCAGUGGGGAGUACGACAAGGCGGUGGACUGUUUCAGCGCUGCUCUCUCUGUCACACCACAGGACUACCUGCUGUGGAAUAAGUUGGGUGCCACGCUAGCCAAUGGCAGCCGCUCAGAGGAGGCUGUGGCCGCCUACAGGCGAGCUCUGGAACUGCAGCCAGGUUUCGUCCGCAGUCGCUACAACUUGGGAAUCAGCUGCGUCAACCUCGGAGCACACAGAGAGGCAGUGGAGCACUUCCUUGAAGCUCUAUCCCUACAACGCCAGGCUGCCGGGGAUGGCGCGAGAGCUGCGAGGGGGCCUGGAGGUGCCGCAGCCACCGUGAUGUCCGACAACAUCUGGUCCACCCUGCGCAUGGCCCUCAGCAUGAUGGGAGAGAGCUCUCUGUACACUGCUGCUGACCGCAGGGACUUGGACACAUUGCUGGCUCACUUUUGCCAGAGAGAGGUGGACGGUGGGACUGAAUGAGGACCAGCCAGGGGGGGUGGGUUUAUUGAGUGUGAGUGUGUGUCGCUGGGAGGUAAAUGUCUGGGUGACUGAAUGAAGCAGAGAGGAAUCGGAGUGCUAACGGUUCCAGAGAAAUGGAGGAGGAAGACACUGUGAAUUAUCCACCAUCCUAGAGACAUCAUCUUGUGAUCAUGUGCGUUUAAAUGACUUUCAUCAAAUAUUGCAGUAUUAGUCUCUACCUGGAAGACGCAGCCAGCAGUAAUACAGUCAUGUCACUGUAUUUGACAUGUUUGACAGUCCUCACAUUUCUACCAACUGUGUUGAUCUGGAGAGCUAGGUUUAAUGAAAUGUCACUUUGAUUUGAAAUUUGCUCUCAAUGAUGAAAGUAAAUGAUGGAGAGGUUGUAGGUCGAACUUUAUACUCACUACGGUUAUGUAGAUUAAAGGUACAAUAUUGCUGUAACAUUGAAAAGAGCACUGCUUUAUCAAAAGUGCUCCCUGGUGAAGGAUUAGGCCGGUCCAGAGUACAAAUACUAAUCAGAAGUGCUACAGCAGCUUGUUUCUUUUUUAUAUAUAUUUUAUUUAAUUUUGUAGUAAUCAAUUAGCAGCCAGGACGAUGAACUGACAACCAGCGGGACUGUUACUCUUAUGUUAUGUGUGCGCGUGCGUGUUAGUGCGUGUGUGUGUGUGUGUGUGUGUGUGUGUGUGUGUGUGUGUAUGUUGGUUUUGGCGGGGAAUAUUAAUCCUACAUUGGAUGAUAAGAUCAUAUAAUUGUAAUAUCACUAGAAUGAUCUCUCUGGGCUCCUCCCUCUCUUGCUCUUUUUCAUAUCACUCUUGUAAAACAAUUUGCUUCAUUGUAAAAUAAUGCUAAAUGCCAUAUUGUGUAUUGUAACAUAAUUGUUGCACUAUAAUUGUUUUCAGGCUAGUUAAAUCCUGACUGCAAUGUUUAAUAUAAUAUUCAGCAAUAAAGCUUUGAU